AUGACGGUACGUAAUGUUAAGCUUUCGUUGUUAAUCAAACGAUUGACAGUGAUAUGGGUACUGGUAACGAUUAUAACGCUGUGGUCAGAUAUCCACAAGCAUCUCAGGAACUGGGCUCGCAGCGGGGAGAAGUUUCCGGAGCUGGGAGACGACGUGAGAGUCAAAGACGUGCGAGUUUCACGCUGCUACUCGUGGUAUAGGAGCUGCGAUGCAAUAUGGGAUUAUAACAUGCGGGAUGAAUUGGUCACGUGGUUUCGGGUUGAUCGUGAUAAGAGGCAAGACACUGCAGUGGGACGUGGCCUCUUGUGGCGGACGUACGUGUAUUGGCAGCCAACUGGCCCACUCGAUGCGUCUGCAGUGGUUGAUUUGGCGAUGAGCCACGAGGGGCUUCCGCUCGGGUUAGUGAACGAACGUUACAACAAGAUCCGGAACAAAGACAUCGACGGGUACCAUGUGCAUUCCAAGACCAAGACGGACUACAACUUCUUCAUCAAGACGGACCGGAAGUCUUAUGAAGGGGCCAGUGGAUCAGAUUUGAAGUGGUCCGCAAAGUUUGGGAACCAUCUAGAGGAAUGGUUCUGGAAAGGCGAUGGCUUGUGGUGCAAAUAUGGGCCUAAAUCGCAGGGAGUCAAGAAGAUCAAAGCGUUCAUCGGAAGUGAUUUCAUGGAGUCUCGGCCAAUGUGGAGCGAAAUGGUGCAUUGUAUGCCGCGACAAGGGUUUUCCAAGCCAAUAUCGUUCAGUUUCCUGAAAUCGACCAGUAACAGUGACUCUGGGAAGAAUCACCAGUUCCCAAGGGAACCUCACCUUUUGGUAAAACAAAACGAUUUCAAAAUCCUUCAAUUGACCGAUCUCCAUUUUGGAGCCAACGCAAAUGAUGCUUGGGCUGGUUCGUCAUCCGAUUAUGAAUCAGGACAGCCCAACUCGGUGUACCGGUUUGACUCCCCCAACGUCCAAUUCGUUCAAACGGCAAUUCGUAACGAAUUACCAGAUCUUGUCGUUAUUACGGGCCAUUUAUUCAAGGGUUUCAACAAGCAUUUGGAUUAUGAGACUCAGAUCUUGAAAAUAGUAGCUCCCAUAAUUACCCACGGAAUCCCAUUUGUUAUUGCCUGGGGCGAAGAUGAUCUCGCUAACGAAUAUAAAACGCAAAUCCUCAAUUUUAUAAAGGAAUUGCCCUUUUGUUUGAAUAAAUUCGACCCAAACAAUUCCACCAACAUUAUGCUCCCAAUAUUGUCAUCUGUACAAGGAAGACAAAAACGAAUUGGGACUAUUUACGCAUUUGACACGAACGUCACAGAAUCGUACAACUUUUUGAAAGAGAGCCCAGUACCGCCAGAAUCGGUGUUCAAUUUUGCAUUUCAACAUUAUCCACUCCAGGAAUACAGACCAAAGGGCACUUUUGCAUUAAUCGGAAGCUACGAAGAGAAAGGAUCUCUUGAUUAUCUCCCUCCCACUAUCGAAUUUAGAAACCUCUUGGGUAAGAAGAACGUCAAGGCUUUCUCUUGUGGCCAUGAACAUGGCAACGAUUGUUGCAUACUGUCCGAUGGGAAACAACAGAAUUUGAAUAAUAACAUGUGGUUAUGUUACGGUGGUAUUGCUGGCUAUGAUCCUUUAUAUGAAUCAAAGACAAGGCUCUUCAAGAUAGAUCUAGAAAAAACCGAUAUCACCUCAUGGAAAAGAACUUUAAAAGAUAGAAACAGGGUUUUCGAUUACCAGUAUAUCUGGACUCAAUCUCCGAAUUGA